CAACCGAGUGGCCGGAGCUGCCGGACGGACACAUUGAAGAAGACGCCUUUCGAUGCUGAUUACCAAAAACGUGUCCGUCUGAGAGGCUCUGAAGGAAAGAAAGCAGCAACGAGUGUCACCCGGACAUUUGCGGGUGGAUGCGGUUUGCGCUGCGCUGCGCUCUGCAGCGCCCUCACACUGUGCAUUUUCACCGUUAAAUUCCACGAUAGGUCAGAGCUGAAUCAGAGGGAGAGAAAGAGAGAGAGAGAGGGUGUGACACACUGGAGGUUAUAUUGGUGACCCAACUAACUAUUUGGCACAGACUUGUCCUGUCCUCUCCUUCUCUCUCUCUCUCUCUCUCUCUCUCUAUCUGUGGGUCUCCACUUCUGUGCAUCAGUGAGAAUUUUUAUUUCAGAUUGUCAGAAUGGUUUACCACCCUGAGUUCCAGGCGGCUGGCAAGCAGGCUGGCCUGCAGAUCUGGAGGAUUGAGAAGAUGGACCUGGCUCCUGUGCCCAAAAACUUGCAUGGAGACUUCUUCACAGGAGAUGCCUAUCUGGUGCUGAAGACCAUCAAACAGAGGUCUGGCAGUCUGCAGUUUGAUCUGCAUUUCUGGCUGGGGAAUGAGUGCUCCCAGGAUGAGAGCGGAUCUGCUGCCAUCUUUGCCGUGCAGAUGGAUGACUACCUUGAGGGGAAGGCCAUCCAGUACAGAGAGGUCCAGUCUCACGAGUCCAACGCCUUCCUGUCCAACUUCAAGUCUGGCAUCAAGUACAAGGCCGGGGGAAUCGCGUCCGGGUUCACGCAUGUGGUAACCAACGAGGUGGACGUCCAGAGGCUCUUCCACCUGAAGGGACGGCGAGUGGUCCGAGCGACUGAGGUCCUGUUAAGUUGGGACAGUUUCAACAAGGGCGACUGCUUCAUUGUGGACCUGGGAGCUGACAUCUACCAGUGGUGCGGAUCCCAGAGCAAUCUGUUUGAAAAACUCAAGGCCACCCAAGUGGCCAAGCGUAUCCGCGACGACGAGAGGAGUGGGCGAGCCAAGGUCCACGUGCUGGAGGAGGGGAGGGAGUCAGACAAGCUGGUGGAGGUGCUGGGACCCAAACCCGACCUGCCUGACGGAACCAGUGACACCCAAGCGGAUACGAGCAACAGAAAACUGGCCAAACUGUACAAGGUAUCCAACGCCUCUGGUAGCAUCGAGACGACUGUCGUAGCUGAACAGAACCCGUUCCGCCAGGAUCUGCUGGAGUCCGGGGACUGCUUCAUCCUCGACCACGGCUCCAACGGAAAGAUCUUCGUGUGGAAAGGCAAAGACGCCAACAAGGAGGAACGCAAGGCGGCCCUGAAAAGCGCUGAAGCCUUCAUUGGCCAAAUGAACUAUCCCAAACACACCCAGGUUCAGAUCCUCCCUCAGACCGGGGAGACCCCGCUGUUCAAGCAGUUCUUCAAGAACUGGGUGGACCCGGACCAGACCCAGGGGAUGGGGGUCGGCUACGUCACCGGGAGCAUCGCCAAAAUCGAGAAGGUGCCCUUCGACGCCUCGGUGCUGCACGAGUCCUCUGCCAUGGCUGCCCAGCACGGCAUGGUGGACAACGGAUCUGGAGAGAAACAGAUCUGGCGGAUCGAAGGCGGUGAGAAGGUGCCUGUGGACCCCAGUCUGUACGGGCAGUUCUACGGAGGAGACAGCUACAUAAUUCAGUACACGUACACCUUCUCCGGGAGACAGGGCCAAAUCAUAUACAACUGGCAAGGCAAAGAUUCGUCGCAGGAUGAAAUCGGAACCGCUGCCAUACUGACCGUUCAGCUGGACGACGAGCUCGGUGGUGGCCCCGUGCAGGUGCCUGGCCGCCGCAGUAUUGUUAACCAGGUGCGUGUGGUGCAGGGCAAGGAGCCGGCUCACCUGAUGAGCCUGUUUGAAGGGAAGCCCAUGAUCAUUCACCAAGGUGGCACGUCGCGAGAGGGCGGCCAGACUGACGCUCCGGACACUCGCUUGUUCCAAGUGCGAGCCAGCAGCGCAGGUUCCACCCGGGCCGUGGAGAUUGAUGCCGUCGCCUCCAACCUGAACUCAAACGAUGCCUUUGUCCUAAAAACUCCCGAUUGCUGCUUCCUGUGGGUCGGGCAGGGGGCCAACGACACAGAGAAACAAGGGGCUCAGCAGCUGCUGGAGAUACUGGGGCUCAGCGGCUCCGAGAUAGCGGAGGGUGGCGAGACAGAUGACUUCUGGAAUGUUCUGGGCGGGAAAGCUGACUAUCGCACCUCUCGGAGGCUGAAGAACAAGAUGGACACUCACCCUCCACGUCUCUUUGCCUGUUCCAACAAGAUCGGCCGAUUCACUAUUGAGGAGGUGCCCGGCGACCUGACCCAGGAUGAUCUCGCCACCGAUGAUGUGAUGCUUCUUGAUACCUGGGACCAGGUCUUUAUCUGGGUUGGGAACGAUGCGCAGGAGGAGGAAAAGGCGGAGGCGGCCACUUCUGCUAAAAGAUACAUCGAGACCGAUCCUGCUAACCGGGACAGCAGAACACCCGUUGUGGCCAUUAAGCAGGGCUUUGAGCCGCCCACAUUCACGGGCUGGUUCCUGGGCUGGGACUACGACUACUGGAGUGUUGACCCGCUGCAGAGGGCCCUGGCUGAACUGGAGAUGUAGGCGAUCGCUUUCUGCCAACAUCAGCACUUUUUGAAUAUGUUUUUGAGGGGUUGGGUGAGGGCGGGGGCGGAGGGGGGUGGUGGUGAACUCUGACCAGCGCCUCCCUACCCUACCACUGUAGCUGUGCAAUAGAACUUGACUCUGCCACUGGCCAUAUACUCUGUGCUUCCACAAAGCUUUCUGUAAUAAAGGUUGACAUCCUAAAGCUGAA